CUCUUAAAAUUCAAUUCCGUUUCGAUGAAAUUAAGCAAUUCUUACUAAAUUCAACGCGACCACUCUUAAAAUUCAUGUGUUUAUCAACAAUAAGCUGUUUUAACUCUUUUUUUUCUUAAUAAAAAGCAACAGAACACAAUCUAUGUGAAAUGAACAUCCGAAACAACGAUCCCGGCGCCGUUCAAUACGGAAACUUUAUGAACUAUUAUCAAUUCAAUUCGGCCUCGGAGCGGGUUAAACUUUUGCCUGACAAGGAUAUAUGGCUGCCACCUGUGGAGGAUGACCAGGAAACCCCCGAAAAUAGUCCCUACGUGGUGCUAGAUGUGGGAUGCAAUUCAGGCGUUUUCACCCAACUCCUAUACAAACACUUGGAGCAGCUACUGCAGCGUCCUGUGACAAUAAUUGGCGUCGAUAUAGACGAACGUCUCAUCGAACGUGCUCUGGCGGAGAACGAAUACAAUACUUAUAUCAGCUACAAUUGCCUGGAUGUCUUAAAUGAGACUGCCUUUGCCUCCAUAACGAGGUACCUAAACGCCAUACGACGGAAAAAGUUCGAUGCUGUUUGCUGCUACUCCAUAACCAUGUGGAUUCACCUGAAUCACCAUGAUCAGGGUCUUCAAUUGUUUCUUGAGAAGCUAUCGGACAUAGCUGAACUCUUGGUGGUGGAGCCGCAACCCUGGAAGUGCUAUCAAACUGCUGUAAGACGAAUGAAGAGAGCGGGUGAUGGUUUUCCGCUCUUCCCGCAACUUAAAUGGCGCUCCGACGUGGAAUUGCAGAUCCAGAAUUACCUAGAGAAGACACUGGGUCGCCGGAAGACUUUCGAAUCCACGCCAACCAAAUGGCAGCGAAGGAUAUGCUUUUACAGAUGAUAGGAAAUCCUCCUUUUGAUAUUAUUAAAACAUUAAACAUGUAAAGUAACAAAAUUCA